UAUAUAUAGCAUCAUCAUCAUCAUCAUCAUCACCAUCUUUGAUUUUGCAUAUAUCUAGCUAUUUUUAGUAGCUUUGAUUGAUUAAUUAAUUAAUUAUAACCUUAUUAUAUAAUUACUCAAAAUUUGUUGAUCCGAAAUGAUGUCUUGUGAUGGUUUUUCAUCACCUCAACCUUCUUCACUUACACCUUUCACUCAUGAAACAAUAAUCUCAAACCCUAACCCUAAUAAUAAUAAGAAUAAUAAUAAUAAUAAUAAUUCGACUAAACGAAAGCGCAAUCUACCGGGAAACCCAGAUCCAGAUGCAGAAGUGAUAGCGUUGUCGCCAACUUCGUUGAUGGCAACGAAUCGAUUCGUGUGUGAGAUAUGUAGCAAGGGUUUCCAAAGAGAUCAAAAUUUGCAGCUUCAUAGAAGAGGGCAUAACUUGCCUUGGAAGCUUAAGCAAAGGAACAAAAAUGAAGUUGUUAGAAAGAAAGUUUACAUAUGUCCUGAAACAACUUGUGUGCAUCAUGAUCCUUCUCGAGCUCUUGGAGAUCUUACGGGUGUUAAGAAGCAUUUUAGCCGGAAACACGGUGAGAAGAGGUGGAAGUGUGAUAAGUGCUUGAAGAAGUAUGCGGUUCAGUCUGAUUGGAAGGCUCAUAGCAAGAUUUGUGGCACUAGAGAGUAUAAAUGUGAUUGUGGAACACUUUUCUCCAGGAAAGAUAGCUUUAUAACACAUAGAGCAUUUUGUGAUGCUAUAUCGGAAGAAAAUUCAAGAAUGGCUUCAUAUCCAGUCUUUCAAAACACCUCAAGUCUCAAUUUCCAUAAUGAGCUAAUGAUGAUGAAUGGUACUGGAAUAAACCGGAUAACGAAUCCACAGUUUCCGGUUAUGUUUGGUGGUGUGAGUGGGCUAGAAAGAGGUCCAGAUGGAAAUGGGUUGAAACCAAGGUUACCAACUUGGUUACACAACCAUGAUUACAACAUUAAUAAUAAUAUUCCUCUUACAAAUUCGACAAAUAGCUCAUCAUUUUUGGGGUCAACAAGUUUGAAUAACAACAAUAAUGGUGGAAUCUUAUCAUCAGAAAUGAUGCAAUGGCUGAGUAGAAACCAAGGAGCAAUUGGAAAUUAUACAGAAAUGCCCUUAAAAGAGGAACAAGAUAACAACGACCAAGAGGAAAUGGACUUGAGCCCAAUGUAUAAUGAUUAUGGUGGUUGUCCUAACGCACAGCCUCCUCCAACUCUUUUGUCCGCCACUGCCCUCUUACAAAAGGCGUCUCAAAUUGGGUCCACGACAAGUACCUGCUCAAGCGGGUUUCAGCUCAUGAACAAAAGUCAUGAGAUGUCCGGGUUUGGUUCUUCUUCUUUGAGCCAAUGUGAGAACUUAAGUGGUGAUCAGAUGAUGCACGGCGCAGAUGGACUAAUGAUGAUGAUGAUGGCGGAGUUGAAGCAAAAGACAUCAAGCGGCAUUGACUCUGGUGAUGGUAGUUUGACAAGAGAUUUUCUUGGUGUAAAAUUGGGGAACGAUCAGCCAAGAACGUUCAGUUUGCAACAAGAGUUAAACAGCUUCACUUGUUCGAUGAACGAUUCAAGCAUUGGAUUCACAGGAAGUCAAUGAUCGAGCUAGCUAGAACAUGUGCUUAAUUAAUUUGGCUCAUUUAGUACUCGUGUCUAUAGAAUAUAUAUGCAUGUAUUUGGGAUGAUGAUAUAUAUGAUAAAAGUGACCCUUGUCAUAUAUAUUCAUUAAUUAGUCCUCCUAGCUAGCUAGGUGUAAUUGGGUCAGGGGAACAUGACCAAUCAGGCUGGUCCGGCUCGGUCUGAUCUAAUUUGGUUUGGUCCAGUCUAGUUUAAAAGUUCUCGUACGAUUGGGAACAAUUCAUCUGUUACGGGUACGUGGUAAGUAGCUAGUGUGGUGGCCGUAAGGCUAGCUAGCUAGCUCAUCAUAUAUAUAGGACCUUUUGUAAAAUCGACAUCUUUAUGAUUUACAUGAGUGAUUCUUAGCGAAA